AUGCAGAACAUAGUUAAUAUUAUCAACAAUACUAGGCCAAAGAUAAUCCAUGAAAGUGAUAACGAUGUGAGUAACGUUUCAUAUCAAAUGGCCGAUAAACUAUUGAGAAAAAUGCGUUCUUUCACUUCAGAUCAGAGAACCAGCGAGGAGCAAAAGAUAAGCUCCGACUCUGGUAAAUUUGUUAUAACCAAUGUAGUUGGCAUGGGUGAAAAAGAAUCGAAUCGAAUUUUUGCGAAUAUUUGCGACUCAGUUCCAUUAGCUACCUCAACUGUAAAACCAGUACCAACGCCACCAGAUUUUCCUGAUCAAUGUGCUCCAAAUUUAAUUACUCGUGAUUUCAUUUUAGUCAUCGACAUGAUCCCAAAUCCGAUUCAAGCAUAUAAAUUCACAGAACUGGAAUCAUUUCUAAAACGAUUUGGAACAAAUCUGCUGACAAACCCUACAAAUAAUCAGAUAAUGCUUAUUGGUUAUGAUUCGCUGAAUGUAUUAAAGGCUUAUUCCUUCACUAAUUCAUUGCAGAAAUAUUUCGACAAUCUUGAGAAGUUAAUUAAUGAUACCUCGCGUGCUACGAUGGGACACUAUGGCAGAUUAUCAUCAGCUCUAACAUAUGUCGCCGAAAAAAAUAUUGGCUUACGCGCUUACACCGAAGCUUUUAUCAUUAUCAUAGCUGAUCAUGUCCCAGCCGAUGAUGAUACAACACUGAAUUCAGCAAGACUAUCAAUAACUAGGUUGCAACGUUCCGGAUUUUACUUGUCGGCAAUAACACCAACGAAGGGACCAACUGCGCAUGCUUUCUCGCAUUUAAUUUUCAACCAGAAAUGGCUAUCGAAAGAGCGAGUAACUGACUAUUCGCAUCUUCCAAACGAAGGAAAUAAGUUCGCAAUGCAACAAGCAUGCUCCUAUAUCGAAAUAGUUCCACCAUUAGGUCAAUUCACCACUCCUGCGCGGCAAAUCACAACAAUGUUGUCAAAAUCGAAGAAGCCAUCAACGACUAAUAAGUCAAUUACAAGCAAAAGCCAUACGAAAUUAGACGAAGAAUCGAUGAUUGUAAAACUUUUAAGUAACAAAAUUACAAAUAAAACUGCAGAUGAAAUAACAGAAUCGGUCUACAAUGCAACAUCAAUCAUCGAUACCAACAUUACAGUAUCAUCGCUAAUAACCAUAAUACCGCCAUCAAAAAAAAUUGACUGUAUGAAUAUAUUGAUUAUACUGGACAGAUCGCAGUCUAUCAGUGAGAAUGACUACAAUCAGAAUGUUAGAAAUUUUGUGAAAAAAUUGGCCAAUAAUAUCGCUUUCGAGCCAAGUAGCAAAGGUGAUAGAAACAGAUACAGUCGAGUUGGAGUAAUUCAGUUUGCUUAUAGUGCACAAAAUGAUAUCACUCUCGAAUCAAGAAGCGUUGAUGAGUUCGAGAAACUUGUCGACGAGCGAAUCAAUUAUACAAAAUCAGAUGGAACCUAUUCAGGAUAUACUAAUACUGCAGCACAUUCGAUGUUUACUGACGAUCCUAUACCAAUUGCUCAAAAGCUUCGAGAAGCAGGAACUAUUAUUAUUUGUGUAGGAUUAAAUGGUACAAAUGGCGAUUAUACGACCCAUAAUAGAGAGGAAUUAUUGAAAAUUAACGGAAACAGAACAGAUUUAUUAUUUGAAGUUUAUAGUAAAAAUUUAACGAAUGAUUUGUCGGAGAAAAUAAUAGAUAAUAUCCCUUGUCCAGGAGAUGUUCCAGGGCUCCACAGAACAAUACCACCAUAUUAUCACAAAUAAGCACAAUCGAAUGCUUCAAUAUUUCAAAUAGCAAAUCGCUUAGAGGGAUCGUUCACGAUUUUGAAAGCGACAAAUCUUAUAGCCAAAUAUUUCUAUGCAUUGUCUGAACAUUCGUCGUUUAGACUUAUAACUUAUUCAAAUUCAACAAACAGCAAAAUUUUUGGUGAACGGGCAGAUAAAUACGAAGCUUACAAAAAUAUAAUCGAACAACUGGUUACAGAAGAGCAUGGACAAUACCCAAAUAUAAGGCCUUUAUUUGAUGGACGAACAUUUUUGGCUCAGGGAAUCAAACUGGCUAAAAAAGUGGUGAAUGAAUUUUACAACGAUUUGGAUAAUUUCGAUGGUUCGCCACUGGUCAUCUUCUUUGGUCAAGCUGAAAAAUUGAAAAUUAUCGACAAAAAAGAAGCUGAAGAAGAAGGCCAUAAGCUCGGCAAAUUGACAAGUCACAUUCAUGUUGGAGAUUUAACAGUCAUUAAUCCUGAUCGAAGCAUUUGGCCAGCCAUAGCAUCUACCACAGCAAAUAUAGUACCACUGCAUGCUUUUCAUCACCAGAAUGUAAAAGGUGUUGCUGAUAGAAUGAUUGAAGCAGUUAGUCUUUCCUGGUAUAACAUUAAGUGUGGCCCACCGAUGCUUAUACAAUGCCCCCUCGAUAUGAAUUCUAUGGAUCUAAUCAUUGCUGUACAUCGUACCAACAAUUCAGAAACACAAAACAAGGUCAAUUUUUCAUAA